CGCGUCUCUUAAUAUCGACAGCCGAAUUUCGGAAGUCAGUCUCGAAAUUUCGCGGACAUGAGCGGCUCGACCUGUAAAUGUCUGUCGGAGAUUCUAGGCAACUUGAGGCUGUCCUGAGCGGUUGAUGUUUCUUGCUUGAUCAGUUCUAGUUUUUUUCCUUUUUUUUUUUCGAUCAUCGGUUUUUCUAUUUUUUCGGUUCUACUUUAUUCCAUCUCUAACUUUCACUUCCGACUUUUACCCGGCCUGCGUGGAGUCGAAACUCACACUUGAUACUAAUACUAAAUCGCCCCCGCCUCAGUCCUUGGUUUGCUCGAAAUGUUUUGACGACUUUCAGUAUUUUGCACGUUCGCGAUUCUGCCUUUCGUCGUUUUGAGUUCGCACCGGGGUGGAGAUAUAUAAUCGUCCCGCCGGGGUGACGAUUAAUCUUCUUGUAGGGGAGGAGACGAAUCUGGUGAGCACCGUUGCGGUUUCGUUUCGCUUCCUCGUCGGAGGCGGCUUUGCUCUUGUCCUCUACUCGUGCCUGCCAACUGUUUGAUAAUUUGCGGCUGUGGCCGCCCGUAUAUUGCAAUUUGAACUUGUCUGGAUUUUGGGAUGUGUGCGAUGAAGGUAUGGUCCGGUAGUGUUUUUGCCAUGCUGUCGCAUUGUCAUUUGGUUUCAAGGAAUUGGUUUUGAGGCUAAUCUUUGAUUCAUGAUGAUGGCUAUAAAACUGUGAGAAAUGACAAGGUGAUCAUCUUCCCUUUAUGUAGACACUACUCCACUGGCCAGCCUCUGUACACUACUGAAGGACUCAGAGAGCACACGGUUGCUUUUUCAUUUUUAAGUGGGAAUUUGUUGGUAACGCACAGAAUCGACGUUGAUGGGAAGUAUCUGAGCUUCUGUAACAAAUAAGGUCCAAAAUGGAGUGUGAAGAUUGGGAUGGCCUGUCAAGUGACUCUGAGUUAUUGGAACAAGACUUGAAGGAUGAAGAGGAAUAUAACUACACAUCCAACUCUUCGUCCAAGUUGCAAUUCAGGAAAGUAACUUCAGUUGCUCGGUGGAAUAGUAGGGUUAGAAUGGCUGAGGUGGUGGAAAGGAAGGGUCAGUUAUGGACAACAACUGGCAUUGUCCGUAGCGGGAAGCUGUACUGCUCAAUUGAAGAGACUUUGUUCUUGAUGGAAAUAGGGGCUUUGCUUCUUUUGCGUGAGAAUGAUGAAUCCAUCUCCUUGGAAACUAUGUAUCAGCAAUUAGCAGAGGAGAAGGAUGGAUGCUUUUGGGAACUUUAUGAGGUCUAUAGACACCUGAAGUCGCUUGGUUACAUUGUUGGUCGGCAUGGCAUUCCUUGGUCUAUGAAGAGUGUCAAGAGAAACACUGGCACAGUUUCUUCUGAAGGUACUUCAGAAAGCCUGGAAGUGCAAUCGCCUCAAGACUGCAAUUCUGUAAUUGAAAGACUUAUAAAGAUGGACUUGAAUGAACUGAAGCUGGUGUUUGAUGUUUAUCUCCCAAAUGGAAAGUUCAGAAAAUCUUCACCUGGUGAUCCAAGCUACGUGGUUAGCUUGAUCAGGGGCCAACCACCAUCUAAAAUAGAAAUUGAGGCUAUUGAAAGACAAUGUGGAGGCAUUCCACUGAAAUUUUGCCUUGUGGAGCACGGGCGUGUCAGUUUCUAUUCCUUCGGCAAAGUGGAGCUUCCUGUCCUGCCCUGAUAAAUGCCUGUGCGUGCAGAUCCAAAGACUUAAUUCAUUGGAUAUUUUUGAUGCACUUCCAGAAAGAAGGAUUUCUAGAUUCUAGGCUUUAAAUGGAGGUGAAUGCUUGUUUCUUUUCUAUCAAGCCUGGAGUAAUUUUCGGUGAUUGCUCUACUCCUGAUAGUUAUUAGCAUCAUUCUUGCAGAAACCGGUGCAUAAUUUGACAGAACGAAUGUGGUCAUUCUAGCAGCAGGACAACAUUUUGUAAAGAAUUGCCGAAUGAUUGAUUAUUCAGAUCACUUCCUCAUUCUGUUUCUGCUUUCACUUUCCCCAAGAAUUUGCUCGUAUUGUUUGAACUUUGAAUGACAAGGCUGAUAUCUUUCCUCUUCCUA